AUGACGGCCGAAACGCCCCAGGACCUCGCGCUCCCCCGCAUCCUCUGCCUCCACGGCGGCGGCGUCAACGCCCGCGUGUUCCGCCUGCAGUGCCGCACCCUCAUCGCCCGCCUGCGUGACUCCUUCCGCCUCGUCUUCGUCGACGGCCCUUACCCGUGCGCCCCGCACGACGACAUCGUCCCCGUGUACGGCGACCUCGGCCCCUUCUUCCGCUGGCUGCCGGCCGAGGGGGAGCGCUGCAACCCCCCCGCCGCCGCCGCCGACGACGUCAUGACGGCCUGCCUCGCCGCCAUGGGGCGCGACCCCGGCUCCGGGCCCUGGGUCGGCGUGCUCGGCUUCUCGCAGGGUGCCAAGAUCGCCGUGUCGCUGCUGUGGGCGCAGCAGCGCGCCGCGGAGCGCGCCCGCACCGACUUCAAGUUCGGCGUCGUCAUGGCCGGCAGCGCGCCCGUCGUGCGCCUCGACAUGCGCCUCGACCAGCCGCGCCAUGUCGCCGAGCCGCUCAUGUCGAGCGUCGACUUUGACGACUGGCCGCCCGAGCCGUGCGGCGACCACGUCGUCGACAUCCCCACGCUGCACGUCCACGGGCUGCAGGACGCCGGCAUAGACCGCCACCGCCGCUUGCUGGCCUUGUACUGCCGGCCCGUGCAGACGAGGCUGGUCGAGUGGGAUGGCGGCCACAGGUUGCCGUUCAAGACGGCCGAUGCGCAGCUCGUUGUCGAGGAGAUGCUGCGCAUGGCGAGGGGCGCCGGUGUGUUUUGCUAG